CCUCAGAAACUCUGAGGUAAUUAAGUUUGUGAAAUAAAAGCUGAAAGAGAGAGAGAGAAGGAGCCGAUAAACAUCAGCAUCCACCAGCACCGCCAUGGAUACAUAGAUAGAUGGAUUGUCGAGAGAUAAAUACACAAACACGUACAAAACACACCUAACAAAACACCAAACAUAUAUUCCCGACAACAGCAUCACUACCACCGCCGCGGCGGACUUCGACAUCAGCUGCCACCCGCGCCACGUCACCACCGUCGACAUGGGUGCCGCAGAGCCUGUGGAGGCGAGAGAAAGAGAGGAGCUUGAGGAGAGAGAGGAAAUUGGAAGGAAGCAGGAGGAGGAGGAGGUGAGAGAUGUUGAGAGAGGGGAGGUGGGUUUUGAAGAACAGGCGGUGGGAGCUCAGAGAAAUAUUGAUAUUAAUCAUGGAAAUAAUAAUAUUAAUCAGAACGAGAGAGAAGGAGAUGUUCACGUGUCAAUGCUGCAGAGGCUGAAUCCAACAAACCCUUUGAGAAUUGUAAUAAAUAGCAAAACCAGAACUGCAACUCCGCCGCCGCCGCCGUCUCGGAUCUCUAAUAUCAGAGGCGGUGGCGGCGGUGGUGGCGGUGCUACUGCUACUGCUACUCCUUCUCCUUCUCAGUUCUCCUCUCGCACUAACAGUCCCCAGCAUUCUCAGCCUCGUUCUACACCAACCCCACAACCGCCAUCCAUCGCAACACUGAAUUCCAGAAAAUACACCAACAAGAUAUGUUUGUUCCUGUUUCUUUUUCACACGGUUGCCGCCUUUGGGCUAGUCGGUUUUCUUGUAUUCCGGGGAGUUCAGGGGCUGAUAGAAUCAUCAGACAACAAGGUUAAAAGAGCCGAGAAACGAGUGUUGAAGUUUUUUCUACCACAAGUCGAAGCUGCAUCUUUUUUAAGCAUUACUCUUGCAUUUGCAUGGCAAAAGGCAGUGAGGCUAUGGCCGAAGUUUUUUGUUCAUUUCAUACUAUGGACCACUUUUCUCAUGUCUCUAUCUGCCGGAAUUCUGCUAAUUUGCUUCCAAAAGCCUCCCACCAAUGGCGUUGGAGUCUGUUUUAUUGCCUUUGCAAUAGGCAACGGCUUAUAUGCUUGUUGGAUCACACAGCGGAUCGGAUUUUGUAGCAAGAUAUUGAUCAAAUCGCUCGAACCAGUAUCAAAGUUCCCCGAUUUGAAUCAACCCACUUAUUGGAUGCUUGGGGUCGGAUUUCUGUGGAUGUCCCUGUGGAUUCUAGCUGUGAUUGGAGCCCUGAAUUUCUACUUUCCUCCAUUGAUCAUAAUUUUAUUGGGCUUGAGCUUAGCUUGGACAACUGAAGUAAUGAGAAACGUUGCAAAUAUAACCGUCAGUAGGGUAAUUUCUCUGUAUUAUCUCAGAGGAAUGCAAUCUAAUACUCAGUUUUGCUUCCAAAGAGCCUUGAGUAAAAAUCUUGGAAGCGCAUGUUUUGGAUCUCUCUUUGUUCCUGCAAUUGAAGCCCUGAGAAUUGUUGCUCGGGGUUUAAAUUUACUCGAGGGAGAAGAUGAGUUCAUGUUUUCUUGUGCACAUUGCUGUCUCAGAGUCAUGGAGGGCAUCUUCCGCUAUGGCAACGGCUGGGCCUUCGUACAGAUAGCAGCCUAUGGGAAGGGCUUCGUGAGGGCGUCACAAGACACUUGGGAGCUCUUUGAACAGCAAGAAAUGGAACAAAUUGUUGAUUCCGACAUUACGAGCUCAAUCUGCUUCCUCACGGGCGUCUGCAGUGGCUCUAUCUGUGUCAUAGUUGUGGCGGCUUGGACCGCUAGAGUGCACCAAAGUUUCACAGCCACCAUUUCCCUCCUUACAUUCUUCAUUGGAUACCUUAUGACGAGGAUAGCCAUGGCACUACCACAUGCUUGUGUUGGUAGUUACUUAGUUUGCUACGCAGAGAAUCCAGACAACAGAUUGUUCGACAACACAAUCAAGGAUCGCCUCGCUUUGAUGAAUUCCGGUCGAGAUGCAGCCGUUCCCACACCUCGAGUCCCCCGCCGGUUUGCAGCAAGGUAAAGCAUGGUUAGUCACUCUGUCAUUAACUCCUCAAGUCCCCUCACUCCUUGUCGGAGUGCAGCACCGGCCACCAUACACUCUCUCGCGUAUAAGUGUGGAGGAUAGUACUCCCCCAACAUAAUUAGAGCCCCGAUUUCUCCAAUGGUACGACACUAUGAGGGCAUCGGAUACAGUUCGGAUGAAGUUUUACGUGUGAGUUAUAUAGAACCUUCCUCUUGAAACAUGUACGCGAGGUCUGUCACGUAACAAUGAGGCCUCCGUACAUACGAAUAGAGGAACACUUCAUAUAACUAGCUCAUACAUUUAUUUUCCGGAAACUCGGACUCGAGGAAUCGGCCAAAUGAGCUCAAGUUACAAAUUUCCUGCAACUGCUACAAGAGUGAUAUAGUGGCGGUGGCAACGGCGGUGGUGGUGACGAUGAAGAUAAUUUUGAACGAGAGAGUUGAACCAUUAUUGGAAGUACUGUUGGAAGGAACAUGGAGAGCCCACUUACUGAGAUUCCAUUAAACAAGGGGCUAAAAGAAAAAUGUCUCUUCGUGCUGUCCAUUUUGUAUGGUAUAUACUUUUGGCAUGUAACAUGUGUUGCUGAAUAUGCUUCACCCACCACUAUUUUUUUCUGUAAUUAUUCAUUAUUUAAUUCUCUGCAAUCUACUUAAUUUUUGAAGAUAUUUUCUCGA